UUUCUGGCGUUGGGCCAGUGGCGCUCCCUGCCACCUGUAAGUCGUGGUUAUUCUUGGUUAUGACAGCCAAUCACGUUCCCCGCUGAAACCAAGAUUUGCAAGCAACGGCCAAUCAGCGUUCCCGGAUGAAACCAAGAUUCGCAAGCAACGGCCAAUCAGCGUUCCCGGCUGAAACCAAGAUUUGCAAGCAACGGCCAAUCAGCGUUCCCGGCUGAAACCAAGAUUUGCAAGCAACGGCCAAUCAGCGCUCCUGGCUGAAACCAAGAUUCGCAUGCAAUGACCAAUCAGCGCUCGUAUCGCUAUCAUGAACCUGUCUGCUAGUAACAACCAAGAAUUGACCAAUCAACGUCAAGAGCCCCCCAGAGCUUGCGGAUUACGACCGGAGAAACAUCUUCAGAUUUGCCGAGUAAUCAAAAUAAAGUAUAACGUUACAGUUUACUACAUCUUUACUACAACUUCGUACACAAUUCACAGAGCAAUAAAGUAUAACUGUAAGUUACUACAGCUUUACUACAGCUUCGUACACAAUGGAGCCUCGCUUCAGGAGACGGGCUGAUGGCAGCCUGAAUCUUUCGGACACACUGGAAGCAGCAAAGGUGAAGGAAGCCAACAAAGGAAAGCCUUACACAAGACCCCUGUCCCCGGAGGCUGUGCUGGACAAGGCCAAGAAAAGCUUAAGUCAGCACCAUGGAGAUCCAGCUAACAGAAAGCACCUGCUGGGUUUCUUUGAAAUCCAGUUUGGUAUCUUUCGUGGGCAAACAUUCAGGUGGGUUGCAGAAAAUGCACUAGGAUAUGCUGCUUACCUGGUUGCAUCUAUGAAGAGGGACCCCACAGGAGGCAGCAAAGACUCUCAAGAACAUGCCCACAACAAGGGGAGUUUCAGGGAGUAUAUUGAGCUCUUUCCUUCUGGCAAAAUUGCCAUUGCUAUGAAGGAAGAGCAAAAUGAUGCAAAAGCUUCCAAGCACGAUGCCCCUACUCAGCACGCUGCACCCACCCAGCACGCUGCACCCACCCAGCACGCUGCACCCACCCAGCACGCUGCACCUACCCAGCACGCUGCACCCACCCAGCACGCUGCCACCACCCAUGCUUCCACUGCCUCUCUACGCUCCCUCUUGGUUGGGAAGUUGCCUGACCAAAGAACCCUGACCAAGACCAUAAAAAGGAUGGUUUCCCCCAUCAAAACCUCACCUUCUUUGGCCCAGGCACGUGCACGACCCUCUGCCACCCUCACCCAUCCAACUGUGUCCAUUGAGGGAGCCACAGGGCCCACAGCCACCCUCACCGACCCGACUGUGUCCAUUGAAGCCACCGCAGGGCCCUCAGCCACCCUAACCCACCCCUCUGUGUCCACUGAGAUAGAUGACAGCACACUGCUGGCAGAGGCAACUAUGUUUGAGGAGGCACAUGUGCAAAACGAGUCUGUCUUCCAGCUGGAUGGAUACACACCCUGCCUGAAGUAG